AUGGACUCGGGCAGUUUAACCACUGGUGUUCUAUAUACGGCAGCAGCAAGCCUGUGUUUGAGACUCGGUUUAACGAUUGUGUCGGGGUAUAAAUGUUUAUGUGGAUUUGAUGUUGCCGCGUUGGGUCAUCAUGGUCUGUCAUGUAGAUUGGGUUCUGGCAGACAGGCACGUCCAUCAGCUAUGAAUGGCUAUCUAAGUAGACUUUUUCAAAAAGCCAACAUACCCACCAUUAAAGAACCUGCAGGCGUAAUUUCCAACAGUAACAACAGACCAGAUGGUUAUACACUCGUCCCAUGGUCCGGUGUUUAUUGCAAUAACAACAUCCCAAACCUGAAAAUAGCUGAAUCAAUUUUCAUACAAAACAAAAAUCCCUUCAUGAACAUUCAACAACAACAACAGUGCCAACACCGUAGAUACCAAUGCCACAGCCACAGCGCAAAUAUCAGUUGCAAUUGGAACAUCAUCAAUAGUGACAACCCUAACAACAACAUCAACAACACCAACAACAAAAUCAACAACAACAACAGCAUCAACAAUAACAACAACAACAACAGUGCCAACACUGUAGAUGCCAACGCCACAACCCACAGCGCAAAUAUCACUUGCAAAUGGAACACUGUUUAA